GAAGACUCACCCGGCCCGGGUGAAAACAAGCAGCUCGCAGCAGCAAUGGCAGAUGAAUGGCCUGUGUGGCACCAAUGUCGAGGAGACCAUCCGUGAGCCUUGCUAUCAGUUGCAGCCAGGAUCACGGAUCCAGGUUGUGGACUUGAAGCGUCAGAAGGAGCGCAACGGUUCGAAGGGCUCGGCUCUGGAGACGCUUGGCUGGGAGUUUUCCGUAGAAAAAGGCAUGGGGAAAAAGGACGCUGGAGACACUGAAGAUACGCCCUGCAUUCAAGUCGUGUUGGAUGACGGCUCUUCCGUGCUGUUGCGGACCAAUCACCUGCUGCCCAUCGAUAUUGAACUGAUUGUGUGGAGUGCCAGUGGUGUGGACUCCUUCAACUUCCUGUGGGAUUCGUACAGGUCCAUUUGCGCGCCACACCGCUUGCAGGCGCCUUGCUUGGCAGUGCCGACUCUGCCGGAGGCGCUGGUGCCCUCUGACAGUUCACUGCAGGGCUUGCUGCCGCAGUCGCAGCCUCCACGAGCGUCUCCCAGGACAUCCCCGAGACCAGACCCGCGCUUGCCGAAGUGGCCCUUGGAACAUCCGCAAGGUGUGCAAGCACAAUGGCAGGCCGAGUUUUCGAUUUCAUGGUUGUUGGUGGUGCCUAUGCCACAUUUUCAGCCAGUAUUGUGUCACCAACUUUGGGCUGAAUUUUGA